GUGCUUGAUGGCAAGGAAGACCUUGAGAAGCAGCAUCGAGACAGCAUUAAACAACUGAACAGUGUUGUAGAGCGACAAGAAAAGGAUCUUACUAAACUUCAGGCAGAAGUGGAAGACCUUGAAGAACGGAACAGAAGUGUUCAAGCAGCACUGGACAGUGCAUAUAAGGAACUUGCAGAUCUUCAUAAAGCUAAUGCUACAAAGGACAGUGAGGCACAAGAAGCAGCCCUAAGUCGGGAAAUGAAGGCAAAGGAAGAGCUUGGCUUAGCUCUGGAGAAGGCCCAGGAUGAGGCACGGCAGCAACAAGAGGCUUUGGCAAUUCAGGUGGCAGACCUGAGGCUAGCACUGCAACGUGCAGAACAGCAGGCAGCAAGAAAAGAAGACUAUUUACGUCAGGAAAUCGGUGAACUACAACAGAGACUCCAAGAAGCAGAGGGCAGAAACCAAGAGCUAAGUCAAAGCGUUACAUCUGCUACACGGCCACUUCUCCGGCAGAUAGAAAAUCUGCAAGCCACACUGGGAGCACAGACCUCUGCGUGGGAAAAAUUGGAAAAGAACCUUUCUGACAGACUUGGUGAGUCUCAAACUCUUCUAGCAGCAGCUGCUGAGAGAGAACGGGCUGCUACAGAAGAACUUCUUUCUAAUAAAAUUCAAAUGUCUUCUACUGAGUCUCAGAAUAGUCUUUUAAGGCAAGAAAAUACACGCCUCCAGGCUCAGCUAGAAGUGGAGAGAAACAGGUUGAAGAAAAUGGAAAAUGAAAACAGUAGGUAUGAGGUUGAACUAGAAGGACUCAAAGAUGAGUAUGCAAAAACCUUGGAAGAUGCAAAGAAAGAAAAGACGCUGCUAGCUACUCAGUUAGAAAUGGAGAAGAUGAAAGUUGAACAGGAAAGAAAGAAGGCAAUUUUUGUGCAAGAAACAGCGAAGGAGAAGGAUCGGAAGUCAUUUACAGUUGAAACUGUUUCAAGUACUCCAACUAUGUCACGCUCUAGUUCUGUAAGUGGAGUUGACAUGGCAGGUCUUCAGACAUCUUUCCUCUCACAGGAUGAUCCUCAUGAUCACUCAUUUGGGCCAAUAGCUACUAGUGGGAGCAAUCUUUAUGAUGCCAUAAGGAUGGGAGCAGGCUCGAGUAUCAUUGAAAACCUUCAGUCGCAGCUAAAGCUAAGAGAAGGAGAGAUUUCACAUCUACAGCUGGAAAUCGCAAACCUUGAGAAAACUCGAUCAAUAAUGGCAGAAGAACUGGUUAAAUUAACAAAUCAAAAUGAUGAACUUGAAGAAAAAGUGAAGGAAAUACCAAAAUUACGUACGCAGUUGAAGGAUUUGGAUCAAAGAUACAAUACAAUCCUUCAGAUGUAUGGAGAGAAAGCAGAAGAAGCUGAGGAACUCCGACUGGAUCUUGAAGAUGUGAAAAACAUGUACAAAACUCAGAUAGAUGAACUUUUGAAACAAAGACAAAAUUAAUUCCU